UGGGCUGUUACGGUCACACUAAACCAAUUCGAUACAUUUCGAUAGUAAAAAAUAACAACAUUUUGGAAAAACUUAAUUAAUUGCUGCUUAAUUUGUUUUUACCGGGCUAACUUCAAGUAUACAUAGCCCAAGUAUGGUUUACAUACACUUCCCCAGCAAUUUAACUGAAGAGGAGCAGAUGCUGCAGGCCAAAUAUCAAAAACUCAAGAAAAAGAAAAAGGCCCUACAGGCGCACAAGGCGCCCAAACCAGAGCCGGAGAGCUCCCUGACCCUGAAGCGUCCCACGGAUGCCCGAGAUGCCCGCGAAGUGGCCAGGAAACUGAUUAAAAGCGGCGCCAUUCCCGCCAUCCAGAAGCAGACCAAACAAGAUCAGACCUCCUUCAAGCGGCCCAAGGGGCAGGAAAGAGCCAAGCGCUCCACCUCGGAGACCAGUGUCGCCUCUUACCAGCCCUUUUCGUCCACGCAGAAUGACGUGGCCCAGGAGACGAUCAUUAGCGAGAUCAUUAAGGAGGAACCGCGCCGGCAGAAUCUAUACCAACACUUUGCCACCGAGCGGGAUCGUGAGGAGCGCGGCAUGCCUGAGAAGGUCCCCAUGGACACAGCGCAGCCAGAGAAGCCACGGGCCGGCAAUACCAUCUUUGUGUCCGGUAAUAAGGUCACCGAGGAUUUCUUGAAGAAGACAUUCAACGACUACGGCACCAUUGUCAAUGUCUCCAUGGAAAUCGAAAAGAGUCGUGGCUUUGUUUCCUUCGCCAAACCGGAGUCAGCAGAUCGCGCCAUUGCGGAGAUCCAUGGCAAGAAUGUGAAUGGCAUCAACUUGCAGGUGCAGCUGGCUAGACGCCAGCCCCAGAUUGAGCCCAUUAACGAUGCCUCCUCGUCGGCAGUCUGGUCAUCUAUUGCCGCCAGCAAAUCGCAAAAGGGUAGCCACAAGGACCACCGCGAAAUGGUUCAAUACGAUGAAGAUUUCUUGCUGUAGAACUCCAAUAUUUAGUUUUUACGUUUAGCUUUCUACUUACUUCCUUUAUCACUUAGUAACAGAACACAUUGCAGUUUAUUUUAAAUCAUUUUGCUUUAUUGAAAAUACGCUUCUAUAUAUUUAUGUAUAUAUGUUCACUUUCUGGCUAAGUACUCGCAUUUCAAAUUAUAACGUUCAAAUGAAUUCAAUGAUAAA